CGGGUGACGUCAGCACGUACAGUCAGCUCGAGCGUUUUGUCGUCUCCCAGUUCUUGUUAGCAUGUGUAUCCCAAUACCUUUGUUUCUUAAAAUUUGAUUUGCUUCAUAAAUUCCUUUUCGAAACUCUACAUUGUUGACGGGACCAUGAGUACAUUGUGGAUGGGGAACUUGGACUCCUAUAUGGACGAAAAGUUCAUUACCAGAGCUUUCUCUACUAUGGGUGAGCAGGCAGUCAGUGUUCGGAUCAUACGCAGCAAGAUAACGGGCGCGCCGUCAUCAAGCAGCGCUCUGGGGUACUGUUUUGUGGAAAUGGCAGAUGAGGCAACAGCUGAGAGGUGUCUUCGUAAAAUCAAUGGAAAAUCAUUACCAGGAUCCAGUCCGCCAACAAGAUUCAAGUUAAACCGAGCCACAUUUGGGAAACAAGAAACUGGUCAGAUGUACUCUUUGUUUGUGGGAGAUCUUACCCCAGAGGUAGACGAUGGAAUGCUGUAUGAGUUCUUCUACAAUCGCUUCCCUUCCUGUCGGGGAGGAAAAGUAGUGCUGGACAGCAUGGGAAACUCCAAGGGUUGCGGCUUUGUUCAGUUCCCAGAUGAGCGCCUGCAGAAGCGAGCACUGGAUGAGUGUCAGGGAGCUGUGGGACUUGGUGGUAAACCUCUGCGACUAAGCUUAGCAGCUAACAACCUAAGGAACAGACCGGUGCAGCCUGAAACCAAAACAUGGCCGUCAAACACUUCUUACACGUCAACCUAUGACCAGUACACCCAAUACCAGCAGCAGGCGUAUCCCGGCUAUUACUCGUCCUGGGGUUACGAUCAGACUACAGCAGGGUAUGGCUACAGCUAUCCGCAGUAUGAUUACUCACAGUAUGCCCAAUCACUGGAAAUGGAUCUUCAAGAUGAUGGACUUGAAGAUCCUUCAGCAGAGCUGGAUGUGGUGGAAACAAACAAACGGUUCAUAGAGAACAGUGAAGAACUGUAUGAUGUUUUAAUUGACUGUCCAUGGCGAUCAGCAGAGUUCUCAUCGGAACAGGACCAACUGAUUGCCAGCAUACCAGAUCCACUUUGUUACUAAAACUGGAUGCAGUUGCUUCAUGUGCUUUUAUGUAAAACUGCCUCUUGGGGAUUUGACUGUACGGACCUUUCAUAGAACAAAGCCAAUAUUUUGUUGUAUUUGUUCAUAAACCUGUAGGGCAGACAAUUUUGUUGGUGCAAAUGGCAAUGCUUUUCCAGUUCUUCAUUUGUAUUUACUGGUCUUUUGCAUUUAAGGUUUUUGCCACCAUAUCUGAGCUAGUCAUGUUAAAAAUAAUUUUCAGUCGUAAUUUUUUUAAAAAAAAAUUCUUUUGUGGUCAUUAAAUAUCAAGUUGAGUUUUAUUUUCUGGUCUCAUUUAGAUUGUUAUUCAAAAGAAUGCUGAAUGUAGUUUUUCAGGUGAUUUUUGUGCUUUUAUCGAGGGUAUAAUUGCGCAAUGUAAAUGUAUACAGCCUUACACUUCGACUUCUUUUCAAAGGUAUUUGUUGCACUAUACUGCAAAAUAAUCUGACUGCCCUACAAAUGGGUGAAAUUGAUGCCAAAGUAGAUUUGUCAUUGAACAUCAUGCACUUAAAAUUCACCACUUACACAAGAAUAAAAUCGGAUAUGUG